AUGUUAUUAUUGUUUAAAAAACGUUUUCGUUCAUUAUUAAUCUCGAUAUUGAUUAUUGUUCUAAUUUUUUUACUAUCAAUUAUUUCCUCAAAAUAUCCUAUAACAAAAUUUAUUCUUUAUCGUAAUUUAACUUGUUCAAUAUCAGCUGUAAAUGUGUCGUCAAUAUUGAAAAAAAAAGAAAAGUUAUUUGAAAUUCCGAAUAAUUCCGAUUAUCUUGUUGUAUCCUAUAGAUCAUUUAUAUUAAGAACAAGUAUUGGCUGUAUAGGAAGUAAAAAUGUAUUUAAAAUACCAAAAGAAGAUUAUUCGAAGUUUCAUCCGUCCUAUUCGAAGUACUUAAACGGUACAUUUUCAUAUUUAUUACCAAAUGAGAAUAUUACCUACAAUGAUAUUGACAAUUUUUAUUUUAAUUUAACGAACGAUAAAAGGUUGAAAGUACCAUUAAAUAUGUCGUUUGUGCCCAAUUCAACAUUUACAAAUAUUCCCUAUCUCUAUCGAAAUGGUAUGUGGGAACCAGCUGAAGUGAUAUCAUCUCAACGAACAGCAAUACUUGUACCACUACAAGGACGUGAUUAUAACGCAAAAACGUUUCUAUUUAACAUGCAUGCAUUUCUUCGUCGUCAACUAUUGACUUAUGCUAUUUAUUUUGUUAAUCAAAUUUAUCCGUUAGAUCGAUUUAAUAAAGGACGUUUAUAUAAUUUGGCUAUUAAAUAUAUUCGAAGGCAUUCUCCUGAAAAAAAUAUAACUUGUUUUAUUUUACAUGAUGUUGAUUUAUUGCCUGAGCAUGAUCAAAAUUUUUAUAUAUGCGAGACAAAUCCGAAACAUACAACAUCUCGUAUUAGAAAAGCAAAGGGAACAAAAUAUGCAAUAAACUAUGAAUUUCUUAUUGGUGGUGUACUAAUGUUAACAUUUGAACAAUAUAUGUUAAUAAACGGAUUUUCAAAUCAAUAUUGGAAUUGGGGAGGUGAAGAUGACGAUGUUUCUUUAAGAAUUAUUCACAAAGAGAUGUGUGUGGUGAGACCGCCGUUAGAACAUGCAAAAUAUAUAUCGUUACCACAUCUUGGACAAAAACCAAAUUUAAAACGAUUUGAAUUAUUAAGAUGGACUACUCUAAGAAUGUCAAUCGAUGGAUAUUCAAAUAUUGAUAAAUAUGCACAAAUAGUUAAAGCUAAACAGGAUUUUGCCGCUGUAUUUCUCGAUGCUGCAUUGAUGCAAAUCUCCGUCGAUUGA